UAUAAUUUUGAAUAAACUAUAGUUUAAACAUUUGAAUAAACUUUAUUGUAAUUGUAAGUGAAUUAAUUAUUAUGGGCCAGACACAUUCCUCUUCAGCGAAUAAUCAGGAUCAAGAUGGGGAUGUUAUAAUGGUAGACGAUUCAGAGAAUAAUAUCGGAGAUGCCAAUAGUUUAGACUUUAAUGGAACAACAUACGCUUCAAGGAGAGUACGUACACAAGUCAGCCGGACCAGCUCUCAGGAUCGGGCUCAGUUUACAACUUCUACGAUUGAGCAAGCUCCCCAAAAUGGUUCGCAAAGAGUUUUACGAAUGACACCAGCGAGACGCAGAAGACAACAACUUUCUAGUUUAUAUUCUUUUUUUCCUUCUACAGGAACAACAACUCAAACUCAAACUCUUAGCAGACCCUUAAAUCGACAUCAAAGAUUGCAUCACAACACCAUUGAGGAUGUUUCAUUUGCGCCUAGGCAAACCGAUGCAAUAGCGCCAAGUUUGUUAAGACGAAAUCGAACUAGAUCUUCAAGUUAUAAUGGACAAGAAACUUCGACAAAUUCUGGUAUAACGUUUAGUAAUUCGGAAUCAACUCAUAAUACUUUACCAACUUCAGAAACAAUGUUUGAUAUUAGACGUCCUCGUUCGAGUUCAGUUGAUGCUAUAGUUAAUGGCGAUUUAGAUGGUGAUAUGACGCGGCCAAAUGUUCGCUUCUCUGAUCGCUUACGCCGAUCUAGCACUCACAGAGGAUCUUCAACACGCCAAUAUUCUUCAUCUAUUUCUUUAUCCAGUACAUCAUCCUCUAAUUCAGGUUCUUCGACAGCUGGUACUCAAACAGAUCCUUUGGCAGGGUCGCCACAACGUUCAAGAAGAAGAGUCACUCGCAUUUCGGCGAGACGACUGUUUAAUUUUGGUGGGCAAGAUUCUGAAAGCAACAGCAGUAAUAAUAAUAGUAAUAAUAAUAAUAGUAAUAAUAAUGAAGACGAUGCGGAAACUCAUAAUUUAGGGCGAGUUUUGUCUAUUGCAGCAGCAGCUACUGCUGCAUCUCUUGUUGCUAGUCAGGAAAAUGCUGUAAUUGAAGCUGAAAGAGCGGCAAAUGAGGGGCACGAUGGAAGUUUUGAAAGUUUUUUAGCUGCUCUUCAGAGGCGACGUCGUGAGGCUUCAAGUAGAUCUACUAAUCAAUUAACGGCAGCUUCUUCGUCAUCUGAGGAACGAGACUCUUCAAUUGAUAAUAACACAACUGGCUCACAGCCAUCGCAACCUAUGUCAUUUUUCCGUUUAUUUCGCUUUGGUGGAUCUCGUUCUUCUUUGACACAGCAAAAUAUCCCACCAGAAACUGGUGCAAAUGUUACAUCUUCAAUACCUAAUGUGACAAGUGAUACUAGUUCAAGUAAUACACCUCAAAUGGUACCAGUUAUUAUUAUUGGAAUUAGAAGCGUCCAGCCAAGAGAUGAUUCGAAUGGAAAUUCACCAUCAUCACAAAAUGUUGAUAACUCUGCUAAUCUUGAAAGUAGAAAUAAUUCAAGUAGAUCAUCAAGAACUCGGUCUUCUUCAACCUCAAGUCGUGCUUCUGUUAGAUCUACUGCAUCAACUGCUACCCAAACACCGCCUGCACGAUCGUGGAUUAUCUAUGUUUUAGGAGGUACCUAUCCUGCUACUCAUCCUAUUCUUACCACACCAUCAUUAUUUUCUGAUAAUCCUACUUAUGAGGAUAUGAUGUUAUUAUCAUCUCUUAUUGGACCUGCACGACCUCCAACCACGACACAAAGCGAGAUUGAUGCAAGUUUACCAAUUGCAUUAUAUAAUGAAAGCAUUGUUACAGAUCUUUUAGGAAAUGCAGAGAAGUGUCAAGUAUGCUUGUGUGACUAUAUUGCUGACGAAGAAAUUAGAGUACUAAAUUGUCGCCAUGGUUUCCACAAGGAAUGUAUUGAUAAGUGGCUUACUGAAGGAUCUAACAAGUGUCCUAUUUGUCGUGGUGUUGGUGUACCACCUCGUGAAUCAGAUACAAAUAAUAGUGGUCCUAUUCCAACAACUUCAGCGGGGUUAGAUUCUAUGGGACCUUUCUUUUAAGAACAGACUUAUAUGGUGAUCUUUAAUGGACUAUGAUAAAUAUAUGAUUAUAUUGGACAUUUUGACUGUAGAUCAAUUUUAUUAUCAAGUUUUUGAAUAGCUUGAAGAUAUUUUUUUCUUUAAUUUCCUAUUUUUAUUGUGAUAGCAUGAUAUUUUUAGAAGAUCAUCAUUUAGGUUAAAUAUUUGUAAUAUUUUCGUUUAUUACCGUGUUUUAAUCAACUUACAUCAAAAAAAAUUACUAUUGAAAUAG